GAGUGUUGUGUCGAUGUGAUUCAUUUGUUAAUUUCAUUAAGCCAACAAACAUCAACUGCCAACGUCGAUGUCUCAAUCCGUGUAACUUCUCCUGCCUCCUGACACUCGUGAUGGCCGCCGUCAUCGUUUUCAUUUGUGGUCGUCUCCCCGUUGCUCUCUUUAUAUCGAUCGCUUGCGUUUCAGUUUCGAUUUAAAAUGGAAAAUGUAUCUUCAAUGAUUCAAAGAAACGAAGAACAAAGAGGAGAGAACGCAGAGGCCCUACAACUUGUUAAAAAUGAGGAACGUUCGGAUAUGAGCAUCAACGACUCAAAUACAAAUGGCGAAGGAUUGUCAACAGUCGUAUCAGCGUCAGGAGCGGAAACGGGGGCCGAGCCACACUCAGUGAUCACAUCGAGGCGUGCUCAAAGAACGAUAACUACUGCGGGCCAUAUAACAGAUUCAACGGAUAUAAGCGACGACGGAGUCAAAGACGAACCUCCAGAACAACCGCCGCUGGAUCAUGACCAGAUGCAGUACCCGUCCAAGAUGGAGGAAGUCGAUCAACGCUCGAGCGCCACACAUUACGACGAAGAAAGGUUAAGACUGGCUGAGGCAGAAACGGCACGAUAUCUCGCUUUUAAACAGGAGCCCUACAGAGGUUUACAGUCUCCAUCUCCCGCCCCACAAGAUAAACGACCCCCGCAGUACUCACGACUACCUCCUCCGCGGCCUGCUUAUGGCCGAGGGCUGUCCCUGCGGUAUGGACCUCCUCACCAUGUGAUAGUAUCACAGGACGGAGAGCCCGAGGAACAUCCGCAUGAAGUUUAUCUGCAAAAAGAAAAAGAACAAUUACAGCAAGCAUACGUAUCAAACGAAGCGAACGCGCAGGAAAAUAGACAAUAUGCCGCCGUGCUCGGAGAUCAGGUAGCCGUCUCGUCAGCGCUGGAAAUGAUUCAAACGACAUCUUUGAGUAAUCAACAGUCGAUCGGAGUGGCCUAUCAACAGGUAAAGUAUGAAUCGAGAGGUGAAGCCGAGCCCCGGCCGACGACGUACGCCAGCCUACAACCGGUGACGUCGGUACAUAGCUCGAGCGGGUACACGUAUGCGGGACAGAGUCCUCAGUACGCGGCGGCCGGGUAUGGUGCUUACGGUGGCAGCAAAGAGCUGCUGACUCUGUACGGCGCGGGUGGUAGUGCGGGCGGGGCGCCGGGGGACGACUCGCCCCCGGGACAGCUGCUCUACCGCAGCGACCCCACGCUCUCCUCCUCGUCUCUGAACACGAGGGCGCACGUCGUCUACGGGUCCGUGGUUCCUCAGUCACAGACGGUCUACGAGACACCGCCCAGUCCAAACUCACAGCAGGUGACACUAUACACUCACGGGAAUACCGUCCAGUAUAAAGUGGGCGGCGAGCACUAUCUAGGACAGGGCAGCGGAGUGGAAUACGUCCCGGUGUCGGGUUACGAGGGAGGUCUGCUGGUGGAGAGCUACCCUGCCGCGCCUCAACCCUGGCCAGCACACAACAUACUUAAUAUAGAUGAUGGAUUCGAUCCCAGCAUGGCUGGUAUGGGGGAGGUGAAGGAGUGCGUGAACUGUGCGGCGGCCACGACUCCUCUCUGGAGAAGAGACGGCACCGGUCAUUACUUGUGCAACGCCUGCGGGCUAUACACCAGAAUAAAUGGCGUCAACCGACCACCACUGAAAGGACAAAAGACGAAGCCACAACAGGCUCUCCCUACUAACGGCAACCGUCGUGUCGGAGUGACCUGCGCCAACUGCCGCACCUCCAACACGACUCUCUGGAGGAGAAACAACAACGGCGAACCCGUCUGUAACGCGUGUGGCCUCUACUACAAGCUGCAUAAUGUCAACCGUCCGCUAAGCAUGAAGAAGGACGGCAUCCAGACGAGGAAGCGCAAGCCGAAGAGCAUGGGCGGCGGCGGGGCCUCGGGCGUAGCGCGCGGUGCUCUGACCGUGGAGGCACACUCGCACAAGGUGCUGCCUCCUCUGUUCGCGGCCGUGGAGGGCGCGGCGCCUCUGCUGCUGUUGCCCGCGCCCCCCGCAUCCCCCGCAAUCCCCGCGGGCCCACGGCGGGACCUCCCGCUAUCAACGCUAGAUGGCGCCGCUGGAUCGGGUCUCUACUCGAGCUCGGGACUCGGUCGCCCUCCAUAGUGGCCCUCCGUCAUGGUGGGUGAUGGGAACCGUGGUGCCCCGGCCGUCCGACCGGCAAGGCUCGCUGAUCUAGGUCACUCUAUUAAUAAUUAAACCAAAUACCACAAUAAUAUUUAUAGUUAAGGACUUGAGUACAUCCCGGUGUAUUAGGUUGAAUGAAAGUAUAUUUUGUGUUCUGCAUAUUUGAAGCGUUUCACACACUUAGCUAUAGAGCCAAAGAUAAUUUGUAUGAAGAUAAGUUUGCUACUUAUGUAUAGAAAAAAAAUUACGACAAUGAAUGUCACUUUAGUAAAGAUUCAACUAAACUGAGGGAUUGUUAUAUAAUGCUGAGUGGGUGGUGGGUUAUGAUAUAAUAUAAAGCUCCGUGUGCUCAACAAGCUUAUCCCAGAUCAUCCUAGCUCAUCCUAGCUCAUCCUAGCUCAUCGUCCUCCUCAAAUGUAAGACAAUGUAAAUACGUGUUUGUUGCGGUGACAACACAAAGUAAACUAAUUUUUUAGAUGAUAGGUAAAUACUUUAUUACGAAUUUAUUAAUAUAUUUAUACUAAGUUAUAGACAACUUUUUGUUGUGUCUGUGUCUGUGUUUGUUAGUAUGUGUGUGUGCGUGUGUGAAUAUGUGUGUGGGUGUGGAGGUGUCUGUGUGUGUAUCUGUGUCUCUAUCAACACUUUAAAUUAUCCAAUAUAAGGUGCACGAACGAGGUCUUUUCAUAACAGUCUAAAGUGUAUUUUGUAUUUUUCUUUUUACUUAUAAUAAACAUCUUGCCAAGG